AAAGACAGGUACUAGGCGUGAGGCAGGAGAAGACGACAUAAUACAAGGGCUUGUAAAAUGCCCUAAAAUAUAUAAUUUUUUUUUUUACUCACAGUACCUUGACAUGAGUCAAAGAUUUUUUUUUCACUUUAGUAAAAUUGAAAGAAAUUCCGGAACUGAUAGUAUUCGCUUUGGGGUGUAAAUCCAUGUGUGUGCUGUGCGUUGGGUUAUUUUUAUUUAUUUAAAGGGAGGUAAUUCCACUGGCGGCAGUUGGGAUCAGCGUUCGUCAGCAGUCGAUCUGAAGUCAGUGAUCAGUCGGCUAUUUCCCGCAGAGAAUUACAUUUACUGGUAUUUUCAUCCUGCUCUGUAAAUCAGCACGUGUUUGAGAGAUUUUAACUGCUGAAAGUACAGAGAAAUAAGCUGGUCUCGGUAAAGUAUCCGAAGUAUGACUUCAUCAACGCCUGUGAUACACAUUGUGGAGCCGGGACACAGCUGCUUCACUGAGAUUUUUCGAAAGCUCGCACCGGAGUUAAAAAUCAGACCAAUUCCACUUCAAGAUAUCUUUUCCAUCUGCAAACCUGAAGACCUUGGAAAUCCAGAAGAGAUUGAAGUACUGGUAUGCUUUCCGGUAUUUUUACUAGGGCUGGCUAAAGCUGGAAUUCAUCUGCCUAAUCUACGCUGGCUGCACACCCUGGCAGCAGGGUUAGACAAGCUGAAGAGAUAUCUGGAAGUAUCUAAAUCAGAUUCCCGCUUUGUCUUGACCUGGGCGCCACACAUCAACGCAGCGGCUGUUGCUGAGUACGUCAUUGGCCAGAUCCUCUGCUCCAGACGACAUUUCAUCGAGUUCUAUGACCAGCAGCGGGCGGCAGUGUGGAACAGAAGAAGCAGCCAGACUGAGUCCUUGAGUGGGGCCACAGUAGUCGUGCUGGGAGUGGGAAACAUUGGUUUGCGUGUUGCAAGACUAUGCAAGGCGUUUGAGAUGACUGUGCAUGGUGUCACCCGCUCAGCAGUGACAAGUGGACAGGGGUCGCCACAUGUCAACGUGUACUGGACUUCUGAGGAGAUGGAGAUGGCUCUGGCCGAAGCAGAUGUCAUUGUGAGCUGUCUCCCUUCCAGCCAACAGACAGUCAGUCUGUUGGAUAACGACAGGUUACAGGUGUGCAAAGAAAAGAAGCCAGUUUUCAUUAAUGUUGGAAGAGGCGAUUUGAUAUCUGAAGAAUCUGUGAUCAAAGCAAUAAGAUCGAGAUGGAUCUCCAAGGCGGUUCUCGAUGUUUUUUCUGUCGAGCCUCUACCCGCCGACAGUCCGCUGUGGAAAGAGCCAAAUGUUAUAAUCACACCACAUGUAGCCAUGGAUUGCAACACCCAUACGAAAUCGCAGAUCGUGAGGCACUUCUUGGACAACUACAAGCGCUUCGUGAACAAUGAGCCUUUGAUGGAUUUCCUUGAUGUUAGAAGCAUAUAAUGACUAUUUGUUUGUCCUUACAAAGAUAAGAUAAUGGUCAUGUGAUAUACACAAUGUUGCUGACAGCUGUGUGGUUUUCACCAUCAUCACAUCAACAAGUGUCCAGCAAACUGUGCGAUAUACAAAGAAAUCAUGAUAAAAUUCAGAAAUUCCAGAGAAUUCUUAAGAACGGUCGAAAUGUAAGAUUGCAUGAUAUAAAGUUUUCUGUGAUGCACCUCUUGCCUUAUCCUUAUCUUGUAAUCAUCAUUUGUUUUGUCCUUAGUUUUGUAACAUGUGUAACUAGGCACACUUCCCAAGCUGUAAUUAUCCACUGGGAUUAAUAAAGUUGGUCAUUUGUCUUUCUGCAGAUGUAGCAAUAUUCUUUUAACUAUAAUGUAAUCUACAAAAAACUGGAUUUUCUUUUUCUUUUUCUUGAUCUGAUGCCCAGAAGAAGUUAGCGCACCAUCCCACGUUUGCUGUAAUUGUAAACAAGUAUGAUAUAAAUAUACAUAGGAAAACCAAGCAAUGCAUUACACACAAAGGGUUCCUGCCACCUGGGAUUUGAAAUAUCAAAUAACUGCCUCCUUUAGAUUCAUGCAUACAUUGCUGUAUUUCACUGCUAAAUUCUUUGAGCUCAUGCCUUUUCAAAACUCAGCGGGAUGUGCAUCGGUUGGCAGGAAAGGACUUUCACCUUGGUGUACUUUUACACUAUGGGAUGGUUGGGGGUUGGGGAGAAAGGAGGAAAACUGAAAACAACUCCCAACCCUGCGGACAGGUGUCACAUUCAGAGCGUAACGAGAUGAGAUCCGAACCCUGAGUUUCUCACUGAAGUGCUGACAAGCGAGUGUUUUGACCACUACACCACAGGCGCCCGAGGUAGCACUGAGGGGGACAAAGAGGAAGAUAACAUGAUUAGAUUGAUGUGUGGUACACUUGUUUCCAGCAUGAGUAAAUCUUUGAUGGCACACUUUGUUACCCUUUUGUGGAGCAAAAUAUUUUAUGGUGAGUUGAAGGUCUUUGUGUAGAUAUUUGUAUAUACAACACGGUUGUCCGACCACUAUGUGGUUGUUUCCCU